AACUCUCGCUUUCUUCUCUCUUUUUCUCAUACAAAUUCAUAUUCCAACUCCUUUUUAUCACUCACUUUUGUAAUUCAGUUUUUCAUAUAAUUUUUAGGGCUCUGCUUAUAUUCUCUUUUUUAGCCUUUACUAUCUGUCUUUGUCUGUCUUUAAAAAAAGCACAAACACCCCACAUUCCAAUCAACUGCAAAUCUCGCUCAUUUUGUUUUCUUUAUUUUAACUAAAUUCAAAAAUGGUUGAAACUCGUUCUAUGGUCAACGCCCUCCCGCCCUCGGGAAACCAUGAAGCUAUCUGGGUUUACAUCAACAAUGGACUCAGCCGCGUCCUUAACAACCCUGCGGACAGCUUGGACAAUACGGGCUACAUCAACUUUUACACUGCUGUAUACAACUACUGCACGCUGGUUCAGAACUCAGUGUCCGACGGGUUCAGCUACAUACCUACAGACGCCGGCCAUGGCGCGCCGGGCACGAACUCAGGCAGGGAGCUGUACGAGCGCCUCAAGAUGUCUAUUGGCGUGUACAUGUCUCAGGUCGUCGAGAACUCGCGCUUGCACACGGGCGAUGGGCUGCUGAAGUUCUAUAACGAACAAUGGACUAAGUUCGGCGACUCGGCAAAGCUCAUCCACAACAACUUUAGCUACCUCAACCGCCACUGGAUUAACCGCGAGCAGGAGGACGGUAACAACGUCUGCGACGUGAGCACCCUGAUGUUCCAGCUCUGGCGCGACCAGUUCUUCAUGCAGGUGCGCAACACGCUGCUCGACUCUGUGUUUAACCUGAUGACGCGCAUCCGCAAUGGCCAGGUGGCCGAUCUUAACCUGGUUAAGAGCGUUGUCGACUCGUUCGUGUCCCUGGGCAAUGACGAAACGGGCGUGCAGAGUAAGAAGAUGGAGGUCUACGACAAGUACUUCCUGAAGCCCUUCAUUGAGGCAACAGCCAAGUACUACCGUAUUGAGAGUGACCGCCAGCUGCAGGAGGGCACGAUCAUCGAGUACAUGGUCAAAGUGUCCACGCGUCUGCACGAGGAGGACGACCGCGCCGAGCUGUACCUGCACGAGUCCUCGCUGACCGAGUUUAAGGAUGCUUUGAACAGCGUGCUGAUUACGCGCGUGAAAGACAAGCUAUGCGCCGAGUUUGUGACCCUGCUGGACUCCCGCGAGAAGGGCGACCUGAAGCGCUUGUACACGCUGAUGGGGCGCACAGGCAAGGGCGCCGGCCUGGACCCACUGCGCGAGCUCUUUGGCUCGUACGUCAAGACCGCCGGUCUCGAGGCUGUCAAUCAGGUGAGCAGCGCGACCAGCGCCGAGGGCACCAGCAGCGCCUCCAACGAUGCACGGCAGUUUGUGUUGGCUUUGCUCAGCGUCUACGAUUUGUACGCUGAGCUCCUGCACGACUCAUUCAACGACGACCCCGGAUUCAGCAAGUCGCUCGACUACGCGUGCAGGGAAUUCUUCAAUGUCAACAAGAUGUGCCCUGAGGAGGGCUCCCGCGCGCCGCAACUCCUGGCACAGUACUGUGACACGCUGCUGAAGAAGGGCAGCGGCAAUGUGCGCACAGCUGGAGCCGAGAUUGCCAGCGACGAGGACGCGCUGGAGGCGCAGCUGUCGCAGGCUGUCUCUGUGUACCGCUUCAUCAAGGCACCUGACGUGUUCCAAAAGUUCUAUGCGCAGCACUUGGCGCGCCGUCUGGUGUACGAGCAGAGCGUGUCGUCACACGGCGAGGAGACAAUGAUUUCUAAGCUCAAGGAGGUCAGCGGCGUCGACUUUACGUCCAAGCUGUCGCGCAUGUUCACGGACAUGACAGUCAGCAAGGAGAUGUCCGAUGAGUUCAAGGAGCGGUGCCGCGAGACCAACUUCAAUCUUCCGUUCGACCUGGACAUGAAGAUCCUGCACACCGUGUCGUGGCCUCUCAAUGCACCCGAGACCAAGCUGGUGCUCCCGCCGCAGCUGUCCUCCGUUUGCGACAAGUACACGCACUUCUACCAGGCCAAGCACAACCGCCGCAAGCUCAACUGGAUGUGGCAGCACUCGAAGGCUGAGAUCAAGAUGUUCUUCCCCAAGGCCACAGGUCCCGCUGCGAAGGCCGGGUAUAUCUUCAUGGUGAGUACGUACCAGCUGGCCAUACUGAUGUUGUUCAACGCUGAGAGCGGGCCCGGUACUGGCUAUGACUCGCCGUCGGGCCCGACGCUGACGCUGAGCCAGAUCUCGCAGGCCACUGGCCUGGACAACUCGACCAUUACGUCUGAGAUUGACUCGAUCUGCCGCGCGCGCGUGCUGAUUGGCAGCAACAGCGACAGCGAGCCGACCGACGACACCACGUACAAGAUCAAUGCCGACUUCAAGUCCAAACGCCUGCGCGUAAACUUUGCCGGCGCAAAGAAGCAGGAGCAGAAACGUGAGAUCACUGAUACUAUGCGAUCAAUCAAUGUUGACCGCAUGUACACUAUCCAGGCUGCGAUCGUGCGUAUCAUGAAGGCGCGCAAGCAGCUUAGUCAUAGGCAGCUUGUAGAGGACACUAUUUCGCAGAUCAAGUUGUUCCAGGCGCCUGUCGCUGAUAUCAAAAAGGGCAUUGAUACGCUUAUUGACAAGGAGUAUCUGGAGCGCAGUGAGGGCAGCCGUGAUGUGUACAAUUACUUGGCUUGAACAGGAUAUGCGUACUGUUUGUUUGUUUGUUUGUUUGUUUGUUUGUUUG